AUUAUUGGAAAAGAAAUGAAAAAGAACAAUAAUAAUGAAAAUGAGAAAAAUAAUAUGAUGACCUCAAUAAAACGAAGCCAAAGUGAAAGGAUGACCUUUCAGGAUAUGAUCAUAUUCACUAUACAACGUUUUCCAAAAUAUAGUAUGUUCAUUACAAGAUUAAUUGCCGUGACACCUCAAGAUCAUAAUGAUUAUGAAUCAUUACAACAAGCAAAAGAAAAAUUGCAAAUAUUUCUAGAUAAAAUAGGUCGACCAGAUCAACCAUCAAGUAUACCGUGUUGGCAAAAACAGACACCACAACGACCAAUCACAAUACAGAUGAAAGAUUUAGCCACAUUGAUUGAUGAAACACAAUGGAUUUGUAAUCAAUAUCCAUCCGAUUGUUUAGUGUAUAUAUUUGAUAAUUUAUUAAUAAAAAAACAACGUAAACAACAGGAAACUGAUGGUGCAUUAUUUGUAUUAUCAGAUUCUGUUUUACUUGCCGAAAAAAUUAAUCGAAAUAAACGAAGAUCAUUUAGUCAUGAAUAUCGAUUACAACAGAUGAUACCGAUUGAAAAUCUUGAUCUUAGAUGUCAAUGUUGGCAACGAAAUCUGAAUAAUAAUAAUAAUAAUAAUAAUGCACAUCAGCAACAACAACAGCAGCAACAGCAGCAGCAAUUUAUAGGUCCAUUAUAUAAUUGUCCUGGCUGUAUUGAUACAUUACAUUUAGAUGUACAAAAAAUAUAUGAAUUACAAAGUUUAUCAACUGAAAUUGAAACAUUACCAAUUCGUCGUACAAUUGAACGUACAUUCACCAAUUAUCUAUUGUUAAUUGUUAAACAAUUAGCUGAAAUGAAAGAAAGUUUAUUUCGUUGUUCAAAAGAACGUACAGUAGAUUUAUUGAUUACAACACAAUUGGAUAGAAAUUAUUGUUCAGAAUUUAACAUGAACGUACAAAAAUACCAUUUAAAUGUGCUGAACCAGUAA